AUGUUUUACGUUUAUGUAUUAGAAUGUAGCGAUAACAAAUAUUAUGUUGGCAGUACUGCGGAUUUAAAUGUUAGACAUCGUCAACACUUGAAUGGUUCUGGCUCAGCAUGGACAAGAGAAUAUCCUCCAAUCUGUAUUAAAUGGAGUAAGAAAACUAAUAAUGAAAAUUUAGAAACGAUCAAAACUCUUGAAUAUAUGAGUCAAUAUGAUAUCGAUAAUGUAAGAGGUGGGGAUUAUUGCCAGUUGGAUUUAUCAGAUGAUGAUAUUGACGAUAUCAAUUACAAGUUGGAACAUAGAUGUUAUCAAUGUGAUAGACCUGGUCAUUUUGCUGAUAAUUGUGUUUGUGAUGUGUGUGGUAAUCGUGGUCAUCUUACCGAUGAAUGUCUUCAUUGCACUAAUUGUGGUAAACGUGGUCACUCGGAAGUGGAUUGUUAUAAUUGUUACAAAUGCGGUAGACCUGGUCAUUCUCCUGAUAACUGCGAUGCUUGUUACUUGUGUGGAGAACGUGGUCACUUUUCCAAUGAUUGUGGAUACGUCUUUCCUUAA